UAUCGGGAGCGCAGAGAUUGUUAGACCGCCUUCUGUGGUUUCUACUGGCUGCAACCAGAACAGGAAAGACCUUGAGAGACCCUCAAGCCACGCAAUGGAAGAGCUUGGGAUAUCCAGAAAGUUGGAAAAGAACACAAAAAUUACUCCAGAAAUCUAAGAAAUGAAGAGAUACAGAAAUGCUAUCAAUAUAAAGUUGGAAUCGAUAUGAAGAAAUACUCCUUUGUACUCCAGAUGUUAAUGUGGACAUGAAUCAAACAGACAUACACAAUAAUGUUGAGAUCUAUCAAACAAAUUAUAGGGGAGAGAAACCCUAUGUAUGUGAGGAAUGUGGGAAAGGUUUUAGCAAAAAGAAUCGUUUUCAGUGUCAUUUAAGAACUCACACUGGGGAGAAACCCUAUAUGUGUAAACAAUGUGGGAAAGCUUUCAACACAAAACAUCACUGUCAAGUACAUGCGAGAAUUCACACUGGGGAGAAACCAUAUAUUUGUAAGCAGUGUGGGAGAGCUUUCAGCAGAAACACUCAUUGUCGAAGUCAUGAAAGAACUCACAGUGGGGAGAAACCCUAUGUAUGUGAACAAUGUGGGAAAGCUUUCACUACACAUAGGUAUUAUAAAAUACAUGAAAGACUUCAUACUGGGGAGAAACCCUAUGCGUGUAAACAAUGUGGGAAAGCUUUUAACACAUACCGUGAUUGUGAAGUACAUGAAAGAACUCACUCAGGGGAGAAACCCUAUAUAUGUACACAGUGUGGAAAAGCUUUCAACACAUACCAUGAUUAUAAAGUCCAUCAAAGAAUUCACACUGGGGAGAAACCUUAUGUAUGUAAAGAAUGUGGUAAAGCUUUUAGCAAAAACAGCAGAAACACUCAAUGUCAGAGUCAUGAAAAAACUCACACUUGGGAGAAACCGUAUGUAUGUAAACAGUGUGGGAAA